UUCAUUUCCAUCAUCAUCAUCGUCCUCAAAUCAACAACUCAACAAUAAAAAAAAGGAAAAAAAAUGGGUAAGGCUCGUAAUUGCAGUUCCUCCAUUAAUGGCGGAGCUCCAAGAAUUGAGAGGAAAAUCAUCGAGAAGAAUCGAAGGAACAAGAUGAAGACUCUCUACUUCAACCUAAUCUCUCUCAUCCCUAGCCACCAUUCCAAGAUGGAAGGUUUGCCACUGCCCGAUCAGAUCGAGGAAGCCGAAAGCUACAUCAAGACCUUGAACACGAAGCUCGACAAGAUCAGGUUGAAGAAGGAGAUCUUAUUACAGACAAAAAAGACUUCCGAUUCCUGCAUUACUACAUCCACCACGACAACAACAACGACACCUCUAAUCGAAAUCCACGCCAUGGAUCAUCAUCACAACCUCAACGUUGUUCUAGCCAACGGUCUCCAAGAUUAUUCCAAGUUCCACGACAUGAUUAGGCUAAUGAAUCAAAAUGGUGGGGACAUAGUCAGCGCGAGCUUCAACCGUUACGGAAAUUCGACGAUCCAAGUUCUUCAAGAUAAGGUUGUUGAGUCUGAUUCAUGCUGCCAAGGCGAGACGACGAUGUCGCGAAAGCUGAAGGAAUUAGUGUGUGGAGCUUCCGUCGGCGGCAACGAACAAUUCGCGGAAUCGCGAUUGAGUGUAUGGGAUUAUGAAAUAGGAUCGAACAUUUGGGAGUUUGAAAUCAAGGAUGCAUAAAAGACAUGAAUUUUAUAUGUACGUAUGUAUGUAAUUGUAACUUGAGAGAUUAAUACAUGUUUUUAAUAGUGGAUCGAAAUAAUAAAUGGAUAAGAUACAAAUGAAUAUACAUAAGGAUGUAAUAAGAAUCAAAAUUAUAUAUAACCCAGAAUAUAGGUAAAAACAACUUUGUAUGUAAAUUUAAAUAAAUA